UCCAUUUGAUGCUUUGAGCAGAAAACUGAACACCUCACCUAUAUUGGGAGGGAAAUUUACCCGAAUUCCAUUGCCCCGUCACAAUGCUCCGCUUCUUCUCCCGCCACAAAAACCAAAUCCCCUCACUCUCCUCCACGCGCCACCUCUCCUCCGCCACGCGCCACCUCUUAGCCACUGCCGCCACCCCCAACACUUCCUCAAACCUGUAUUCAAAAUACUCCUUCAUACCCCCACCUUCCCUCAAACCCCAAAACCCUAACCCCACCCAACCCAACAAGCAGCCCAAACCCCGUUACCGCCCCCCAUCCUCACUAGACCGGACCGGUUCGAAACCGGUUCAGUCCAAACUCCCCUUCGACUUCCGUUUCAGUUACACUGAGAGCAGUACGGAUGUUCGGCCCAUUGGGCUUCGAGAGCCCAAGUACUCACCUUUCGGGCCUGGAAAGUUGGAUAGAGUGUGGACUGGUGUGUGCGCACCUGUUGUUGACCCUAAAGUGGGGUCCCCUGAAGAUGAGAAAAUGGUGGAAGAGAAGAGAAGGGUUGAGAGAGAGAGGAUUCAAGGAGAGAGUUUGACGAAUGCGGAGAGGAAAGCACUUGUUGAAAGGUCCCAGAGGCAUAAAACCAAGCGCCAAGUCAAUUUGGGGAGAGAUGGUUUAACGCAUAACAUGUUGAAUGAUAUUCAUAACAACUGGAAACAUGCUGAAGCUGUAAGAAUAAAAUGCAUGGGUGUGCCUACAGUUGAUAUGAAGAAUGUUUGCACUCAGUUGGAGGAUAAGACAUUUGGUAAAAUCAUCCACAGACAUGGUGGUUUACUUGUGCUCUACAGAGGAAGGAAUUAUCAUCCCAAGAAGAGGCCUGUUAUCCCCUUAAUGCUAUGGAAACCUCACGAGCCUGUAUAUCCCAGGCUUAUAAAAACUACUAUUGAUGGCUUGAGUAUCGAGGAAACCAAGGAAAUGAGAAAAAGAGGAUUAGCUGUUCCUGCAUUAACAAAACUAGCCAAAAAUGGUUACUAUGGCAGUCUUGUACCGAUGGUACGAGAUGCUUUUCUCACUGAGGAGCUAGUUCGGAUAGAUUGUAAAGGCCUUCCAAAGAGUGAUUACAAGAAAAUAGGCUGCAAGCUGAGGGAUUUGGUUCCUUGUAUACUCGUGACAUUCGAUAAAGAGCGGAUUGUGGUAUGGAGGGGUAAAAACUACAAACCUUCUGAGGACGGGUUCUUCCUUACAGAAAGAGAACAAUUUGAUCAUUCCAGUAAUGAUUCGGAUAAUCACGAGGAUGAAAACGAAAGCGCAGAAGGAAUUACGGUUGACAGUGAUUAUGAUUCUGGCGGCAGUGAAUAGAUCAUCUAUCAAUGAAUUAGCUAGAAUUCUUGUUGGGCUUCAAGCAGUUAUAGUUGCCGCAAGUCAAGCCGAGGGUUAAUAAUAUACAAUACACUGAGCAAAUACGAGGUAAUGGUUGGGUGUACAUUCUACCUUCAUAUUCUUGUCUCAAGGUGUAUUUGACUAUACUAUACUUAUUUGUACUCUCUCCGGAUCAAAUAGUGUGUCCACUUAGCUUUUUUUUCUUGGGUAAAAAAAGUGUCCACUUAUCAAAUCAAGAAAGAAUUAGCCUUAUUUUUUCAGAUUUGUCCCUAUUAAGUGUUGUGUGAUCAAAUCCCCAUACCUAUUUAAUUAGGGAUAGUUUAGUCAAAUUACUUAUUUUUAUCUAGAAGUUAGUAUUUUCUUAAGGGGUGUGCAAAAGGCUAAGUGGACACUCUUUUUGAUCCGGAGGGAGUAUUAUUUACAGAGACCACUUGCACAGCUUGGGAAAAAAUCAAGAAAUAUUUGAUUAAAAGAAUUUCACUGCGCUGUCAUUCACUGUAUAUAGAUAGCAUGUAUUUUUUGUUGGGUGAGACCCUCAUGUCUUAACUAUUGGCUCUUCCAAAACUUGGAAAAUUACCAGCCCCUGCAUCCAUCAAAAGGCAGGGGUUGGCAUAGCUGUAAUUAUAUUGAUUCGCACAUGGUUUGCCAGGAAUUCAGAAUGUAACACGUGCUUGCUACUUAUGUUGAUUAUUUAAGUGCCAAUCUCUCUUACUAACUUA